UAUAAGUCCCUCCAUUACUUUUCAUCAUUUAAAUAAAAGAAGAGAGAGAGAGAGAGAGUUAACAUCUAUUGCUUAUACUCUCCAGGCAUCAACAUAGGUAUAGCAAGAAAGAUGGGUCACCAUUCUUGCUGCAAUCAACAGAAGGUUAAGAGAGGUCUUUGGUCCCCAGAAGAAGAUGAAAAGCUCAUCACUUACAUUACCACUCAUGGCUAUGGUUGUUGGAGUGAAGUUCCUGAUAAAGCUGGGCUUCAAAGGUGUGGUAAGAGUUGUAGACUGAGAUGGAUAAAUUAUUUGAGACCUGAUAUAAGAAGAGGAAGAUUUUCACCUGAUGAAGAAAAAUUGAUUAUUAGCCUUCACAAUGUUGUAGGCAACAGAUGGGCUCACAUUGCAAGCCAUUUACCUGGUAGAACUGACAACGAAAUAAAGAACUACUGGAAUUCUUGGAUCAAAAAGAAAAUCAGAAAGCAUAACUCACCUUCUAAUUCAUCAACCACCACCAAUCUUACACAAAACCAUGUUAUUGAUUACAAUUUCAAUAUCAAUAAACUAGAUCAGAAUAUUGUAACAACACCAAAACCAUCACCAUUUCAAGAAACUACCUUGUUUUCUCCAACAUGUCCUUUGUUCAUGUUUGAGCACGGAACAUCAACAACAACAAUAACAGCAACAACAACAACAUCAACGCAAAAUAGUAGUAUUAAUCUACAAACAGAUCAAUACUUUCAAGAUUCUGUACUAGGUUUGAACUCUGAAGCAUGGAAUCAAGUUCAAUCAUCACUACCUCCUCCAAUAUCAACAACUUUUACAAUGGACACAAUGAACUAUCUACCACCUUUGAUAGAGAAUGUGGAAAACAUGGUGGAUGAGGAAGUUGGCGAUCAUAGACAAGUACAAGAGUUGAACAACAUUGAUCAAUGGCAUCAACAACAAUAUCCUAACAACAGCUUUCUCUUUUGGGACAACAUUGUUCAUCUCGGUGGGGAAGAAGAACAACAACUAGCACCAAAUUCAUCAUCAAAUAUGGGAACAAACAGUACUACACUUUCUCCUUUUCCUUCUUCAUCUUUUUGAGAUUUAACAAUUAAUGAUUUGUGAAAAAAGUGUCCCUACUCUUUUUUUAUUUUUAUCUUCUUUUGACAAUUCUAACUCGGAGAAAAAAAAAUUCAUGAUGGUCCAUGCCAGGCUUUCGGAAACUUGCAGGGAUUGUUCUUUUCCUUUUGAUGAUAUCUUUUUCAAUUUUCUAUGUACCUUUUGAUUGCUGAUUUGAAUGUAAAGAUUGUAAAAAAAAGUGAGUGAAGUAAGAUACAUGUCAUGUAUAGCCAUGCAUGCGUGAGGUUAUUGGUGUGUGUUUUCAGACCCUUUAGAGGGAAAAAUUAUAAUUAUAAUAAUCAUAAUAAAGGUGAUUGGUACUGGUAGGUAGAACUUAGCAGAGUUUGAUUUUGAAGAUACUAUAUAAAGCAAUAUUUCAUCAGUUAAAUAUUCACUCAAUAUUUGAAAGUA